AUGGAGCCGAUGGAGGAGAAGGAAGAGAGAGACGCGUAUGAAUCCGUGGGUGGGGUGAACCCGAACCUCGAUCGGGAGAACCCCGAGCUCGCGGAGCGCUUCGCGGUGAUCGGGCAGGGCGACUUUCAGUGCCAGAGCUGCAUGUACGAGUACAAGCCAAAGGUCGGGGACGAUUUCUACCCGGUCGCGGCUGGGACGCAGUUUAAGGAUUUGCCGAACGAUUGGCGGUGCCCGACGUGCGGGGCGGAGAAGGCGAAAUUUAAGUCUCUCGGGAAGCGCGUCGCCGGUUUCGAACAAAACCAAGGGUACGGCUUGGGAACGAACUCGAUGACCGAAGGGGAGAAGUCGCGGCUGAUUUACGGCGCUCUGCUGUUCUUCUUCUUGGUCUUCAUCUCGGGAUACCUCUUGGACUAG